UUAAAAAUGGGCACUUUUUGAAGAACCCGCAUCAAAGUAUUGUGGAGAAGCGUCGUGUUAAAUCUAAUUGAUGAACGGCUUUUUGUGAGUUCUGACGAGGACAGCUGAGUGAUGUUGUUGGUGAGCUUGGAUUAAAUCAUCUCUAAACAAAGAACUUGUCCUCGUGGUGACUGACUUGGGGAGUGGAGGUCAGUGAGCCCAUUGUCUCUGCUGGUCCGACUCCAACUACAAAGCCGGCCCGCUCGUCCCCUCCUGAGUCUGAGAGGAGAUCCAGAGAGAAAGAAGUGAAAGCAGGCCGAAACCUCAGCACAUGGAUGACAUCAGCCAAAAACAUCCAGCACCAGAAAGUAAAGAUGAGCCAGCGGCGAUCCCUGUGGAAAAGACUUUUCCUGCUAUGAAGCAGCUCAGAAGACGCAAGUGCGCCAACAGGGAGGAGAGAAGCUUGAGCUGUGAUCUGUGUGGAAAGACCUUUACUCAGAUUGGUAGCUUAAAAUCACAUCAGCUGAUCCACACCGGUGGGAAACCAUUCAGCUGUGAUCAGUGUGGAAAGUCUUUUACUCAGAUUGGUCACUUGAAAUCACAUCAAUUGAUCCACACCGGUGUGAAACCAUUUAGCUGUGAGCAGUGUGGGAAGUCUUUUACUCAAAUUGGUAGCUUGAAAUCACAUCAGCUAAUCCACACCGGUGUGAAACCAUUCAGCUGUGAUCAGUGUGAAAAGUCUUUUACUCAGAUUGGUAGCUUAAAAUCACAUCAGCGGAUCCACACCGGUGUGAAACCAUUUAGCUGUGAUCAGUGUGGAAAGUCUUUUACUCAGAUUGGUAACUUGAAAUCACAUCAGCGGAUCCACACCGGUGUGAAACCAUUCAGCUGUGAUCAGUGUGGAAAGACCUUUACUCAGAUUUGUAACAUGAAAUCACAUCAGUUGAUCCACGCCGAUGUGAAACCAUUCAGCUGUCAUCAGUGUGGAAAGACCUUUACUCAUAGAUCCAGCUUAAAAGAACAUCAGGUUGUCCACAGCAAAGUUAAACCAUUCAGCUGUGAUCAGUGUGGGAAGACCUUUGCUCUGAGAUGCAUCUUAAAACAACAUCAGGUCGUCCACACUGAAUUUAAAGCUUUCAACUGUGAUCAGUGUGGAAAGUCUUUUACUCAGAUUGGUAGCUUGAAAUCACAUCAGCUGAUCCAUACCGGUGUGAAACCAUUCAGCUGUGAUCAGUGUGGAAAGUCUUUUACUCAUAUGUGUAACUUGAAAUCACAUCAGCUGAUCCAUACCGGUGUGAAACCAUUUAGCUGUGAUCAGUGUGGAAAGUCUUUUACACAGGUUAGUAGCUUGAAAUCACAUCAGCUGAUCCAUACCGGUGUGAAACCAUUCAGCUGUGAUCAGUGUGGAAAGUCUUUUACUCAGAUUUGUAACUUGAAAUCACAUCAGCUGAUCCACACGGGGGUGAAACCAUUCAGCUGUGAUCAGUGUGGAAAGUCUUUUACUCAGAUUGGUAGCUUGAAAUCACAUCAGCGGAUCCACACCGGUGUGAAACCAUUCAGCUGUGAGCAGUGUGGGAAGACCUUUACUCAUAGAUCCAGCUUAAAAACACAUCAGGUCGUCCACACUGAAUUUAAAGCUUUCAACUGUGAUCAGUGUGGAAAGUCUUUUACUCAAAAAGGUCACUUAGAGAGACAUUAUAUGAUCCAUGUUGGAGUUAAAUCAUUUAUCUGUGAUCAGUGUGGAAAGUCUUUUACUGGGAUUGAUAGGUUAAAAAUGCAUCAGCGCAUCCACAGUGGAGAGAAACCUUUCAGCCGUGACUAGUGCGGAAAAUCUUUUACUGGCAUUUGUCACUUAAAAUCACAUCAGCUCAUCCACUCUGGUACUAAAAAAUUUGUAUGUGGUCACUGUGGAAAGUCUUUCAUCCAUAACAAAAGUCUAUUGAGGCAUCAAAAGACCCACAAAGUGUCCUCCUGUGAGAAAAGGGGCAGACCAAAUGGGACAUUACCCUGACAGGGUUCAUUUGAACACAGUGGGAGAAACAGGAGUUUGAACAAAAGUUCUUCUGGAUGCUGCGUCAAACUUAAAAAGCUUGAGAUCAGGCCUCACAGAAUCGCAGCUUGUGUUCCAUUUUGUUUCAUGCAUUUAAUUGACUGGUGCAUCUUUGUUGUCUUAUAUUUUGGCAAAAGUUUAGCAAGUUAAACUUCACUGGCUGUGUCCACAAACAGCAUACAGACUUAACAUUAUUCCCAUCUUCUGAUAACAAGAAAAGGCUAAAUGUCAGAACAGUUCACCUUCUGGGUCAAACUAUCAGAUCCGUUACUGUUUAUUUGGCCAUUCAUCGUGAGGUAAUUAUCAGUGUCACUGCUGUGCCACUUCUGUUGCAGCUUACCAAUGUGCAAUGUGUUUUCAUUGGUCCCUGUUGUCUUACAGGAUGUGAGUCUGUUUUGAUUCAUGAAGAGACAAACCAUGUUUUUUUUUUAUGUUGCACUGAAAAUAUUAUUACUGUAAGUCGUAAAUGUCUGUCAUUUAACCAGGCAAUAUGUAAACACAUUUACUUUAUCCUAUGAAUAAAAUGAAUUAAGAUGUAA